AUGUUUUAGUGGAUAUGGGUAAUGACCUCUGAUUGUUUAACCUGUCAAUUCCAAAAAAAUUUAUUCAAGUAAUUUGAGUCAACAUCUUUUGCUUACCUUGAUUUUAAUCCUACCAAAGUUACUUAUGGAUCUGGGAGCAUUAUGGGUUUACAAUCUCAAGAUUAAUUCUGUCUCUCUGACAACCAUUGCUUACCAAACACUAAAUUUCUUGGGACUUUUAAAACUCUUGGAUUAAAUGCUUUGAUUUCUCAAGGAAUAGUAGGAUUAGCUCCUUCAAACCAAGGUUCUUAGUCAUAAAUGCUGAUGGACUAGUUGAAAAUUCAUAGAAUGAUUAAUUAAACAGUGUUUUCACUCUUAAUCGAUGAAAACUCAUUGGUGUCUAAAAUGACUAUUGGAGGAUAUGAUUUCAUGAAAUACAGUAAAGGUAAUCUCUACUGGCAUAAAAUUUUAAACAACAAAUACUGGACUUUACCAAUAAAUUAGAUAUCAAUUGGAAACACUAAAAUAAAUUAGAUUGCAAAAUAAGUAAUUAUAGAUUCAGGCACAUCCUAUCUUCUCGUUCCAACUUGUAAACUUUAAGAAAAAAAUAAAUUACUAUAGAGGAUUUUUAAUAGAUUGUAAAUAAUCUUGCAUUUUUUAUACCAAACUGUAAGACUUCCCUUAUAUUUUAAGGAUUAAUUGAAUGUGAUUGCAAUGCUAACUAAUACUCAAAGAUACCUGGUUUGA